AUGCUUGAGCCUCUCAUCUCCUUCAUUUUCCGCACUUUCUCCCUGCUCUUUGCUUGCUCAGAAGCUUUAUUCUGCAAGGUGAAUUCCAUCCCCUUCCCCUGUCUAAAGCCGUCUGCCAGCCAAUCGAGCCCUCGCCUGUCACGCGACUUCCGGUGCUUCGUGGUGGUCCACGCAGCUCAGCUCAGCUCAGGCUACGAGAUUCCCAGCCUGCGACUUUCUUCGACCGCCAGCCGGACCAAGAGUCGAUUCAUCAUAGAUACAUGGUUUCCUAACGCUUGCCUUUACUCAGAACUCAUACCAACCGUUUAG